CGCCCCCUCCUAAUGGGGAGAGCCAUUCCCCGCUCCGGCUGCGCCCGCUGCUGCUCUCGCUCCUGCGGCCCCGUCGCUCCAGCAAGCCUCCUGCGCCAGCCAGCCAGCCAGCCAGCCCCGUCCGCCCGUCCGCCCGCCCGCCCGUCCGUCCGCCCCCCUGGCAGCUCGGCGGCACGCAGGGCCAAAGUCUCGGCGCCUGGGAACUUGGUGCUUGGCGAUGCCCGGCUCGCCGCUGCCCCCCGCGUCUCCCCCGGCCCCGCUUUAAACCCCGCAAGCCCAGCCACGACGGAGGCAGAGAGAGACAGACGGCUCCGCACCUCGCAAAUGGUGGUAUUAACUAUAGGAUGGGACUUAAGUUGAACGGCAGAUACGUUUCUCUGGUCCUGGCUGUGCAGAUAGCAUACCUGGUGCAGGCAGUCCGAGCGGCGGGCAAGUGCGAUGCGGUCUUUAAGGGCUUCUCGGAUUGUGUGCUCAAGAUGGGCAAUAACAUUGCCGGCUAUCAGCAGGACCUGGACGACAAGAGAAAUCUCGAAACGAUCUGCAAGUACUGGGACGACUUCCACGCCUGCACGCUCACCGCCCUCACGGAUUGCCAGGAAGGGGUGAUGGACGUCUGGGAGAAGCUGAAAGAGAAAUCCAAAAAGCUCGACUACGAAGGCAACUUGUUCGUGCUGUGCGGCAAGUCCAACGGGGCCGCUCCGUCUGCGCUGGCCUCCGCCUGCAAGUUGCUACUCUUGGCGCUGUCGGCCGCCCUGGCCACCUGGUUCUCCUUCUAGAGGCCGAGGAGAUUGAGAGAGCGAGAGAGCGAGAGAGAGCCCCGCCCGGUCCCCAAACAUCGCCAGCCACUUCUCUCUUUCUCCAGGACCUGGAUUUACAGAGGCAAAGUCUCCAUCCUUUGGAUUGGGGUGGGGGAGGGGGAGAGGGGGGAGAGGCUACUACUCCACCCUUCAGGGAAGGGACUGCCCUGGAGAAGGGGCGAGAGAGGCCUCGCAACCAUCUCUCCCCCCCCUUCCCUCCCUCCCUCCCUCCCUCCCUGCCGCCCCCUUCUCUUCCCUCUCUCGCGCGUCGACGAUUUGCCAAAAUGGUACCAAACGGUGAGCACCCAAGAGCCAAAACCGGACCUCAGAGCUUUACUCUCCUCUUCUGCAGAUCCAAGGUCAACCGGAGCCCUCUUUUUGUGCGCAAAGCAAUCUCAGGAACGGCUUCCAGCCACCACCGAAUACUAAUAAAAGCAUUAAUAGGUAAUAAUAAUACUAAUAAUACUAUUAAUAACGCCACUCGCGGCCACAAAAGAGAGGCCCCUUCUGGGGAAACACAUCGCCAGGAAGGAGAUGGGGUUGAGAGCCAAAAGGAAGAGAGCCAUGUGAUUUAAAGGGGGGCGGGGGCGGGCGGGGAGGCACCGGAAGGGAACCCACUGAGCUGACCACGUGCGCCAAGAAGCAUCGGAGGGUGAAUCCAUUCCCAGACGACCACCCCAUUUCCUAGGAAAAUCUUGUGGUUUUUUUUUUUUUUUUUUUCAAAAAGGGAGUUUUUUCUAUUCUCUCCUGGUCAUUUCCACGACAAAGAAGGGACCCCCCCCCUUCCACUUGAGGCUGUGCGUGAGAGGCACAAAAAGCACAACUGGAAGACAACACCAAGAAAUGGGGUGGGGGGGGGAACCCAUUCGAAAGGGGAUUUAAAGUACGCCAUGGACUUCAUGAAUGCUGCUAUGUUUGCUGAGAGUUGAGCUUUACUUAAACCGUCAAGGCAUCUUUACAGUUUUCCCCUGCCUUUUUUCCCCUCUCUUUCCCUCCCCCCCCCCCACCUUUUCUUUCCUUUCUUUUCCAACAGUCCAGCCUUCUUUCUCUUGUUUUAGAUGUCCCACCAUUAUUGGAAGAGAUCUGGCGAUCCAAUUGGGGAGAUCACGGGGGGAGGGGGGAAGGGGUAUAUGUUAACGUUUUAAAAAAAGAAAUUAAAAUAAAAACACACAGCGUAAAGGUUUUCGGGGGGAGGGGAAAGUAUAAGAAAAGCCUUGAUUUUAAAAAAAAAUGAAGAAAAACUGUACUUUAAGAAAGUUUAUUAUAAAGCGAAUUCAGCAAAAAAAAUUAUAAAAGAUUUGCUACGAAGUAUAGAAAAAAGUAUAAAAUAAAAAGUAUUGUUUGAAAAA